ACGAGAAUACGUAAACAACAUGGCUGAUCUUGCAAAAGAACAGGGAAAUUUUCUUUCAUCGGCUUCAACAGCGUCCACUAACGAUUUGGACACCGAGGUCGUUAUUCACACAGAUGUUUUUGACCCAUGCUCGAAUCCCGUUGACGAAAACAGUACGGAAUUGAAGGAGAAAACCGACCAUGGCUUCGAAAGUUUGCCGAAUACCUCUACUGCUGAAGGGCACGAUCACGUAGAGUCUGUCGAAUAUGCUGUUGGUGUUGAUGAGAAAUACGAGAAUCAGGAAAGCGUUGCUAAGAGAAUGUCGUUGGAUUUCGAGGAAGAAACUCAACGUGAAGAUACGAUAAAACCAGGAGGAUUUUAUAUAGAUGAGAAGACGCAAGAGAUAGAGUUCAGACACAGAUUUUUACAACAACAAGAACAGCUGUACCAAGCGCAACAAAAACAACUGCAACGACAGGAGAGGGUGGGCUGUCUGAAUGAAGAAGCUAGAUUUCCAAAAAGUAACUUUCAAUCCUUAAAAACAAUGGAACCAGAAAUGCAAUCAUACCAGAAAGACCCGCAUAGAGAUGUUCCUCAAAUAACGAAGGCUUCCUCUGAGGAGAAACUCGGUGAUGGUUUGAGAAAGCUGUCAUUUAUGAAGUACUUCACAGCAGAAGUUUUCAGUGGAAAGCUCAUGGAACUAGAAGAAGAAAAAUACACAGAAAGACGCCAGAAAGUGUACACGUUCAUGAAGAUUCCAAGGGAAUUUGAGAAGUUGAUGGUGUUUGGGUUCAUGUUGUGUUUGGAUUGUUUCCUGUUCAUGUUUACAUUCCUUCCAGUUCGUUUGGUUGUUGCUCUGUACAAGAUCAUUACAGGGCUGUUAUUUUGUAGAACGUCACGGAUGCUACAGCCUGUUCAGAUGUGUGACUUGUUAAAAGGGUCCAUUCUUGUGACCUGUUGGUUGCUUCUAACCCAUGUGGAUUUCUCGGUGUUGUAUCACACUGUUCGUGGACAAUCAGUCAUCAAACUUUAUGUCAUUUACAACAUGUUAGAGAUUGCAGACAGACUCUUUUCAUCUGUGGGUCAAGACAUUUUAGAUGCUCUCUUCUGGACUGCAACAGAACCAAAAGAUCGGAGAAGGGAACACAUUGGGAUCAUUCCACAUUUUGUAAUGGCUGUAGUGUAUGUGUUUUUCCAUGCGGUGUUGGUGCUGUUUCAGGCUAUCUGUCUCAAUGUUGCUGUGAACUCACACAACAAAGCCUUGUUAGUAAUCAUGGUGUCAAACCAGUUUGUGGAACUGAAAGGAAGUGUUUUCAAGAGAUUUGAGAAAAACAACUUGUUUCAAAUGGCGUGUAGCGACAUCAGAGAAAGAUUUUACUACAUAGUAUUGGUGGUGAUUGUCACGCUGAGGAAUUUAACAGAAUUUAACUGGAACGCUGAACAUUUAUAUGUUAUCUGUCCAUAUCUGUUGGCUGUGUUGUCUUCGGAGUAUUUUGUGGAUUGGAUCAAACACGCUUUUAUCACAAAAUUCAACAAUAUUCCUGUUGAGGUUUACUGCGAAUAUAGAGCUCUCCUUGCUGAAGAUGCGACCUCAAGUCGACAGAAGAACGCUCACAAUGAUCAUUUCGAUCUUGUUUCUCGUCGAAUGGGUUUUAUUCCUCUUCCUUUGGGAUCCCUGGUUAUUAGGGAAGUGGCGCAGUCUGUGAAGAUACACGGCCUGGGUGGAAUGUUUCUCGUGUUGGCCACAUUUUUCUUCCUAACGUCAGUAAAAGUUUUAAACAGCAUCAUAUUUCUCGGCAAAGCGACUCAGUACGUGAAGCAGAAACAGGACGUAGAAACUGAGAACAAACAACACAGUAACCAAGCCUCCUCGCAGAACCUCAAAGCCCAAGUCUCUGUGACUUUGUUGGAUUCUAGCCAGUCUUCGAGCACUUCGUUAGUUGGAGAGAAACAAGACCCAGGACCGCGGGGAGCUGGUGAACAGACGAAGCAACGCGCCAAAACACUAGCAGAAAUUGAUAGAUACACACUUUGCAGUAAAGAGAUUGUUGUUUUCUAAAAGUUUCAUGACUCAAAAUUAGUGAUCCCACAGGAAUGCGGAAUGAUUUUUCUAUUUAUUUAUGGAAUUCAAAUCCAAACAUAUAAUGCUUAAUAUAUAUUAGUAAAAAAUUGUUAUUACUGAA